GUCGUUGGAAAUUUGCGGUUUAAUCAUCCGAUGAACUCAUGACCCUGAGUACUAAAAUGUCUAUCAAACCGGUCGGUCGUGUUGCCAUUUUAUUCUUCAUACUAAGUGCGCACGCGCAGUCGUUACCAGAUGUGACGAUACAGGCUUUCAGACCGAAAGGUGUUCGCGUGUCUAUACAAGAUCCGGAGAAAAAACUCAGCCAAUUCGUGUUCCAAGGGAAUGUUAAUAGGAAUAUUAAUAUUAAUGAUGUGGGUCAAAUUUCUGGUGAGGUCGUCAAGCCCACGAAUGGGGCUUGGGUGUUUGAGGACCCGAUAUCUCUUAAGCCUGGUGAUGUCAUCAAUUACUAUGUGUUCGUUACGCGGGAUAGAAAGGGCUAUUUAAACGACAAUCUUACCUACACAGUAGCUGAACUGGUUGAUCCAUCAUCACCCGCAAAGCCCUCAUCACCAGACUGUAAGUCAACUGUGACUGAGGUUGCAGGCGGCAAAGUGUGUGCUGGCCAAGUUAUUUUUGAGGAUAAUUUCGAUCGACUUCAGGAUCUCUGGUACAUAGAGCAGUAUAUACCAGACCAACCAGACUAUCCUUUUGUAUCAUAUCAACGACCACCAAAAAGUCAAACGGUAGCCGUUGAUAAUGGUUACUUAAGAAUCGCUCCCCAACUCCAACAGGAUCUUGCAGGAUUUUCUAAUACCUCAAUUUUAUCUGGUACCCUGGAUCUCACUAGUGGAUGCACAAGUAGAACCACAUAUUCAUCUAAAUGCAGCGUUAGUGCCUGGGGCGCGAGCAUUCUACCACCUGUUGUAAGCGGAAGGCUGACUUCCAAGUUGGCCUUUAAGUAUGGAGUGGUUGAAGUCAGAGCGAAGUUACCAAAAGGAGAUUGGUUAUAUCCAGAUAUUCGAUUAGAACCAUUAAUGAAUAAAUAUGGAUUUAUGAAUUACGCCUCCGGGAUGAUUAGAAUCGCUGGAGCGAGAGGCAACAAUGAAUUAAACCUUGGAGCAGAAGAUCUAAGUAAUAAGGUGUUAUAUGGUGGCCCUAUUAUGGAUUUUGACUGUCGGGGCCACCUUCUUCGAAAAAGGAGUGCAGCCGAUCCCUGGUCUAAUGAUUUUCAUACGUACAGCGCCAGAUGGGAACCAGGUCGUAUAACACUAGCAGUCGAUGGUAUUGAAUGGGCACGCAUAGAACCUUCAGCAAAUGGCUUUCAGGGGCUGUUGGGACGCGACUGUCCAUUACCUAGGGACUUACUUGCGACCGGUUCUAACAUGGCUCCAUUUGAUGAUUAUUUUUACUUGACUCUCGGUGUCGCAGCUGGUGGCAUCAGCGAGUUUCCAGAUGGGUCCUAUACAUCAGGUGCUCGUCCGAAACCCUGGAGAAAUCCCGGUAGGAAGGCAGCCUUGAACUUUUGGCAGGAUAUUGAUGCAUGGUGGAAUACUUGGACACAACCAUUGAUCGUCGAUUACGUCCGAAUCCGGGCGAUUUAAUGCUAGUCGGAUUUUAAUAAAACUAUUUGUAUCACUUAUAUUUUUUUAUUACAAUACAUAUAUAUGUUAUAUGACAUUAUACAAUAUUGUUUAAUCAACUUUCCACUUUGUAUACAUAGAACAGUACUUGUAUCUCAGACUGAAGUUAUUUAUAAGACUCCUGCCCGUUUGCAGGAGGCUCAUCUGAUGAUAAGUGAUACCGAUACAAGACACUCACACAGCAAGCUCGCAUGUGCGUUGCCGGCUUUUUAAGAAUUGCAUUGCGACAGAAUAUCUACGCUGGUUCCCAAUAUUUAAAGACGCGAUUUCAAAGUUUUUUUCAUCUUAGCUGUUGAAUAUCCACAUUAAAGCCAGCAACGCACUUGCGAGUCUUCUGGUAAUGUGUAAUGUGAGUAAUCACAUUUUGUCAUAUAAGCUUUGAGCAUCUAUUAACCGCUGUUAUAUAAAAACAAUCACACUCCCUACAAAAGCUUUUUGACGUUUAUGAAUAAAAGUUCACAAGUUUUA